CACCCAAAGAGAUCUUGGAUGAAGGUGCAAACGUGAGUCAGACAAGCAAGAAGUUAGCAACUCAUUUCAAUCCACUUACUAAGGAAAUGUAGUGGGAGUUUGCCCUGUGUAAAAUAAAGAGGUAUUUUUUUAAUUGAAGAACCAAAACUGACUUUGGAUCUUUGACAAAGUGAAAACAGUUGAAAGUAAAAGACAACGAUAGAAAGCAAAAGUUGAAAAAUAAGAUCUCUCUUUUUUUGGCACCAAUUGCAGCAGAAUUAUAUGCAUUUUUUUCCCCUGUGGAACUGUACAUUUUUGCAACUAAUAUAUUCUUAUUAUUUUGCUUUAGUCAUAGUAAUAUAUUCAUGAAUAACAAAAGGAAUCCAAGUUUGAAGGAGGCAAAUAUUUCUGAAGGAUUUGGAAGCAUAUUUUGCUGUCACUGAAGGAAUGAACAUCUUGAACCUGUGUGGAAAAUGCCCCUUUUAAAAGAAAACAAAGUGGCAAAGGAAAAUUUGUGUUUGUGAUUGAAAUCUCACAGAAUUUGGUCUCAGUUGCACUUUUAACCUCAAAGACCAUGACCAAUUUGUUGUCUCUGCUCUGUCAUUAUUCCUUGCUGAUUCUAUUUCAGUCUAAAUAUCAGGUGUAUGGAAACAAUUCACGGCUAUCCAAAAACCCAGGGUUUGACAUUUUACAGACAGCAUCCCACUACUGGCCCCUGGAAGAUAUGGAUGGAAUCCAUGAGUUUCGGGAUACAAAUGGAGAUAUUGUAGAAGGAAUGGUCAACAAGGGAAUUUACCUCACUGAACCAAAAAGAGUUACCUUUCUCAUCUUUGGAAACUCCCAAAACUCUUGCAUUAGUAAUCCAGAAAUGUGUGGACCUGAAGGAGUAACAUUUUCCUUUUUCUGGAAGACUCAGGAGCAGCAGGCUAACUUUCCCCCAGCCUAUGGUGGACAGGUCAUUUCCAGUGGUUUCAAAAUCUGCUCAAGUGAAGAUGAAGGCUCUCUGGAAUUUUAUGCCCGUGGGAAUUCAAUGAAGUGGGAGGCAAGCUUUAGUCCCCCAGGUCCUUACUGGACUCAUAUUCUCUUCACAUGGAAAUCAAAAGAAGGUUUGAAAGUCUAUGUCAAUGGAACUCUAAACACCACCGACCCAAAUGGGAAAGUUUCCUACAGCUAUGGGGACCCCAAUGCAAAUCUGCUGACAGGGACAGAGAAUGAUCAGAGCAAACGCUAUGUGAACGGGGCUUUUGAUGAGUUUGUCAUAUGGGAAAGAGCACUCACCGCCAAGGAAAUUGAACUAUACUUUACAGCUGCUAUCGGCAAGCAACUUUUGCUUUCUUCAACACCUCUCUGGCCCAUUAUGACAACCACUACAAAUCCCAUGCUCUCCACAGAUGCCUAUCAUCCUAUCAUAACUAAACUGACCGAGGAGAGAGGAAACUUCCAGUACCCAGAGGACCUGCUCCACUACCUGGAAAACAUAUCACUCAGUUUACCCAACAAAUCUCUGUCAGAAAAUACGGCCUUCAACCUGACAGCGGCUUUCUUGAAAGCUGUCGAAGACUUUCUUUUGUUACCCAGCUGGAUUGGCAUAUUGGAGACUGCUCCUGUGGUUGGAAGUUUAAUUGAAACAAUUGACAAUGUGAUGGUGCACGUGGUCUGCAAUCUGGGACGAAACCGACUCCUAACCGUUGAGGGCUCAUCAACUGUAGCAGAUUACUCUUUGGUCAAAAUGGCUCCUCAGACUUUGAAUUUGUCUCACUACCGCUUCCCAUCACAAGGACGGAGUUAUAUUUCUAUCCCCAGUGAAGCUUUUCAUAACAAAGCUUGGGUUACCAUUGUGGGCCUUUUUUACCAUAACAUGCACCGUUUCUUCCGGAACAUCAACCCUACAGACACCAAGAUUGCUGAGGCUGCUGCUUAUAAAGGCUACAUGAUCUCUGCAAUGAGCUAUAUUAUUUCCCUGAAGGUGGAGCCACCACCAACCUUGUCUCAUAAUCUGUCAGGAUCUCCUCUUAUUACCAUUCGGCUCACCCAUAAAUUGACUCCUCAGCAGUACAGCCAAGCAGUGAAUGAAAGCAACAAAGUUAUCCUGUAUUGUGCAUUUCUGGACUAUAGCAAUGGAAGUGCCACGUGGUCUAAUGAAGGCUGUGUGCGUGAUGGCGGGGACCUCAACUAUUCAGUCUGCCUGUGUAACCACCUCACCAACUUUGCCAUUCUGAUGCAAGUGGUACCCCUGAAGCUGACGACUCAACACAAGAUGGUGCUGUCAUCCAUUACUUACAUCGGCUGCUCCCUAUCCAUCUUCUGUUUGACUAUCACUCUGGUCACGUUUGCUAUACUGUCCUCUGUCAGCACCAUGCGUAACCAGCGCUACCACAUCCAUGCCAACCUGUCAUUUGCCAUCCUGGUGGCUCAGAUCCUGCUUCUCAUCAGCUUUCAAUUCAGCCCUGGAAUGGUGCCUUGCAAAAUCUUGGCCAUUCUCCUUCAUUUCUUCUUCUUGAGUGCUUUUGCUUGGAUGCUGGUGGAAGGAUUUCAUCUCUACAGCAUGGUGAUCAAAGUGUUUGGGUCAGAAGAGAGCAAACAUUUAUACUACUAUGGGAUUGGAUGGGGGUGCCCACUGGUGAUCUGCAUCAUCUCUGCAGCUUCAGCCCUGGACUGUUAUGGAGAAAUUGGCAAUUGCUGGCUUUCACUGAAGAACGGAGCAAUCUGGGCUUUUGUGGCCCCAGCAUUGUUUGUAAUUGUGGUCAAUGUUGGCAUUCUCAUUGCUGUCACCAGAGUCAUCUCAAGAAUCAGUGCAGACAACUAUAAGGUGCAUGGAGAUGCCAAUGCAUUCAAGUUGACAGCUAAGGCAGUUGCUGUAUUGUUACCGAUCUUGGGAAGUUCAUGGAUCUUUGGAGUUCUAGCUGUCAAUGACCAUGCAAUGGUAUUUCAGUACAUGUUUGCAAUAUUCAAUUCCUUGCAAGGAUUUUUCAUCUUCCUGUUUCACUGUCUUCUGAAUUCAGAGGUUAGAGCCGCCUUUAAGCACAAAACCAAGGUGUGGUCCCUCACCAGCAGUUCCAUUCGCAACAUCAAUGUGAAACCCUUCAAUUCUGAUAUCAUGACUGGGAAUAGGCCGGGUACAACUCCUACAAAGAUGAACAACUGGGACAAGAGUACUAAUUCAGCCAAUCGGAUUGAUUUAUCAGCAGUCUGAUAUUAGACCCAGAUUCUCUCUGAAAAUCAAGCCAAACCUUCAGGACCUCCAAUACAGCCCCAUCAUUAUUUUCUCACCAUUAAUGCCAGUAGGAACUGCUCUUCUAAUCACUGCCUAAGAAAUUGGAAAUUGCCACAUUGCUUUGCCGAGUAUGUACAAGUCUGUCCUCACCUGCCUCCCUUCCAGUGUGUAAUGCAACCUACCACUUGGCCAUUAGCAAUAGCUGUAGAGUAACUAGCACUACUAUACACUGGAUGGUUUUGUCAGUGACGAUGACAACACUAGGGAUGGGAAGGUUAUUGCUAUCCAAAUCUAAAGAUCAAGUAUUUCAGGAAAGAUGCAUUUUUGUGCUCUGCAAAUGAAAAGUUUCCUAUUGUGAUGUUGUAAUAGGGCUAUUCUUGUUUAGCUGUGCACUCUCUGUUUACAUGGAAUAUCUUAAGUAAUCAAUUAUCCCAGUGAAGCUUAUUACCACCACAUUCUGCCAACAGGCAUUUCAUUGGAACACUGUACGGAAGUGAAACCUUGAGGGGAAAAAAAGAAAAAUUCCAGCCAUUCAGCCCACUCUAUAGACUUGGGACCUAUGAAGCAGAUAUACGCUAUGUCUAUAUACACACACAAACAACAUGUGCAAUAUAUAUAUAUGUAUAUAUUAUAUAUUACACACACACACACACACAGCACUAACUUUUUAGAUAUUCCUUUUUCCAGAUCUGCAAUAUAUAUAUAAAUGGCUCUGACUACCCUGCUCCAAUCCGCAAUGUUAGUUUCAGUUAAAGGGCGAUUUCUGUCUGCUGACAAACCAUAAUAGAAGCUAGUUGUCUCAGUUUUUCAGACAGAUCAACAAUGGUCCAUUACACGCAUUUCACAAAUGGAAUUGACCUGUAGCUUCUGGAAAUCAAAACCCACACUGUGACUUAUCUUCCUCCUUUUAGUGGUCAGAAUGAGACACUGAAUUCCAAAAAAAUACUGUGAAGGUAGCAAGACUGCAGAUGGGUCUGUGUAUUGGUAUCCAGACAUCUUUUAAACAGACUGCAAGACAGUCUUUUGUGAUUUAAACUACUCAGCAUUCAGCAGCUUUUGCUUCCAAUACAAUUAUGUAGUAUCUUUGGGGGGCGGGGGGGCUCAGUUUUCAUUGGAGCAAUGUCUUCCUGGUUCUUGUAGACCGUCAGUUGGUAAUUCACUGAAGGUAGUUUGGACACACUGAGGCAAACCCUCAGCCACACUAUUGUUGUGCCCACCCAGCAGGGUUGGUGGGGAGAGGACAAGAUGGCUUUUGCCACUGAUAUACCCCUAUUCUCUUGAGGCUGGCCAGGGGCUAAUUUCGCCUCAAAAAUAUGCAUCUUGCUCUAUUUGCUCAGCAACAAUCGUUCCAAAGGGAACAUUCCACCAGCUCAAUCUGCUCAGACCAAAAUGACAUUGCUGCCACAUCUUCUCUCUCCUAGCCAUAUCUCUAACCUCCCCACCCCCCAUGCUGCCCCAUCUCAUCCGGGGAUUCCCCUUCAGUAGGCAAACCCCUGAGUAGUUUGUGCUUGCUUUCCCAAUGCUUUGUGCCACCAGCUAUAAGCAGGGCCGGCGCUUCCAUUUAGGCAGCCUAGGCAAUUGCCUAGGGUGCCAGGAUUAUUGGGGGGUGGCAUUUUUCCGGGUGGGGGGAGGCACGGCAGGCGGCUCCGGUGGACCUGCCACAGUCAUGCCUGCGGAGGGUCCCCCGGUCCCACGGCUCCAGUGGACCUGCCGCAGACUUUCCUGGCACGCCUGUGGCAGCUCCACCGGAGCCGCGGACCACCGAACCCUCCGCAGGAAUGCCUGCGGCAGGUCCACCAGAGCCGCGGGAGCAGCGCGCGGGGCGGCAAAAUGGCUGUGCACCUAGGGCGCUAAAAACAAUAGCGCCGGUCCUGGCUAUAAGGGGGCCGAUAAUCUGACCCAAUGUUUUCAAACUAUCUUUCCCCACUUAAUUUAAUGUUUAUACUUUCCACAGUUAAGGCCAAGGCUCAUACACUGAAGUCAAUGACAAUCUCCUAUUGAUAGUGGGAGUUUUAUCAUUGAUUUCAGGGGACUGGGAUUUGUUCCCUAACUAACUAAAAAAGGAACCAAAUUCUGCAGUUAUUGCAUUAACUUAAACCAAUUUACUCCAGAAGUACACAGGCAAAACAGAGCAUAAAUACAUGUAAAUACAGACAUUUAUUAACUCUAAUCCUGUGAGCAGAAUAAUUCUAUUUUGUUGACAGCUAAAUGUAAAAGCAGGGAAAGAAGAAAGCUAAAUACUGAAGUGGCUCUCUCUCUCUAUCGGCUUUUGUGCAUAGGUUUGCUCUUAGCCCUUUGAGCAUUGGAAUAAUUAUUACAACUGUGUAAAUAUAGCAGACCCUUGUGGAAAGAGAAUGUCUGUUCCAAAAGAUACAAUAGGAAGAGCGAUUGGAGUAUAUGGAAGCAGGUUGUUGUAACAGAACUGUACUGUGAUAACAGAGUUCAAAGUGUCUGUGUUGUGUGCUGAUAAAAUAUUUAAAACAUAUUUUUGAUACUGAAGCACAUUUUUUUAAAAACUGUGACCAUGGAUAUAGAUUUUAACCCUAUUAGGCGAUUUCUCUUCUAAUCAUUAUGUUAUAGUAAAAGUGAUGUGAAUGAGGCAUAGGAAAUGGUCUUUUUUUUAAAAAAUCUGGCUUUUAAAAUAUUUAUAAUUCCCACUGUGCCAUUUUCUCACUUUGAAUGUAACUCCUAUGCUAAAUUUAUAGCAGUCACCUAAGUUACUGUCAGUAGCAAUGGUUGAUCAUAGAUCCAUUUGAAAAUAACAUUUGACAUACAGUACAACAGCAUCUACUAUAAAGGGUUAAGUCUAUUUCUUUAUCCAGGUAUAACAUAUAAUGUGGUCCCCAAAAUACCCCAAUAGACUCAAUGAAUCAUGAACAUGAUUUUUAAACAUUUUGGAAUAUGACAUAGAUGUAUUAUAUAAGGACUGAACAUUUAUUAACCCAUAUGUAUUGAGACCUAUUGAAGAUAUUGCAAUGUUUUCCAGUACAUAACCUGUGUCGCUGGCUCUAUCUGUGCAUUUUGAACAUAAAGUAGUAUAUCUUGGUUAUGUCACAUGAGUUUAGGAGUUAGAACACUAUUAUUAGUAAUGGGAAUGGAGUUUAUUUUGUUUGCUUCUUUAGUUUCUGAUAAAGUAGUAAAAAACCACAAGCACACUGUAAAUGUCCACCCGCCCCCACCCCCCGCAGUCUGUUCAUCUUGUUUGAUUCUAUGUAUUUUCACAGUUUUACUGAAUGCAGAAAAUAUACUGAAAUAGAAAUGCUUGAAAUGAAUCUUCAAAAACAAACCCUGUUCUUAUCCUCAGUCUUAAAGUAUGAAAAUCAUGCAGUUUAUUUAUGGGCUUGUAUAUGGCAGCUUUUGCAGUAUUUCUUCGGGACAGCAUCAUUUUCUCCGUGGUAUGAAAUCUUAAUUGAAUGAGAUGUGAGUUUUAAAUUAGAUUAUGUAGCAAGAAUGAUUUUGCA